UUGUUUCACAGUGCCGUCGGUAAGACAUGUCUGCUCAUCAGUUAUACAACAAAUGCCUUCCCCGGCGAGUACAUACCGACAGUAUUCGACAAUUACUCAGCAAACGUGAUGGUCGAUGGUAAGCCGAUCAACCUCGGGCUUUGGGAUACCGCCGGUCAGGAAGAUUACGAUAGGUUGCGACCUUUGUCUUACCCACAGACGGACGUGUUCCUCAUAUGCUUCUCACUCGUCAACCCAGCAUCCUUCGAGAACGUUCGCGCUAAGUGGUAUCCGGAAGUGAGGCAUCAUUGUCCUUCAACCCCCAUCAUCCUGGUCGGUACUAAGCUUGAUCUCCGUGAAGACAAGGACACUAUAGAAAAACUCAAGGACAAGAAACUGGCUGCAAUCACCUACCCUCAGGGUCUCAGCAUGGCUAAGGAGAUAGGCGCUGUGAAGUACCUAGAGUGCUCCGCCCUAACGCAGAAGGGUUUGAAGACUGUAUUCGACGAAGCCAUCCGGGCUGUGCUAUGUCCGGUGCAGCCCGUCAAGGUCAAGCGGAAGUGCGUCAUGCUCUAA